CACUAUCAGGCUAAUGUCUUAGUAGACGAGACAGGAAGACCUCUGUUGUCCGACUUCGGUUUGUCGAUCGUGAUGAACGAGCUUCGCGAGGAUCAAAUAACGACCUCUCUACUCAAUAUCAACCCGCGCUGGGCAGCUCCUGAGCGCUUAUUCCCCUAUAAAUAUAACUUGGAACCACACGAGUCAUUCACCAAAGCCAGUGACAUGUAUUCCCUAGCCAUGACGAUUUAUGAGAUGAUGUCCGAUACGAUACCCUUCAAGACGCAGCCAGCAUUGAUGAUUGCGAACGUUGUAAUAGAGGGCGGUCGACCAGAACAUCCGGGACCGGCUGCAGUAGCACGAGGAUUAGUUGAUCCUUUGUGGUCGUUCGUAGAGCAGGCAUGGAAUCAGCGCCCUGAACUCAGACCUCCUAUCCAGGCGCUGUUGAAUUUGCUGGAGUCGCCGGUGCUACAGGCCCAAGCACCAGCUGCACAGCAGGGAGAAAGGAGCGGCCACGCUUCAUCUGAUACACUUGAAAUACCCACCACAUCGGAUGAUCUCGAAAAUGAUGAAGAAGAAGAGGAAGAGGAAGGAGACACCCGAACAUUUGUGCACUGGGCACAGACUCUCGGCACUCCCAUACUUAAUAUCGAGCCGCAGGAAAUACUCGUUGUCAUCGCCGGCUUUGCCGACGUCUCACAGGGUCGACUUGCAGGUGAAAGAACCCUUGUAGCCAUCAAACCGCAUCGCCCAGCACCAGAAGAGCGAUACCGCGGAGGUGUCGAUCCUUCGAUCAAGAGAACUUCCAGAGAAGCCAUCGUUUGGCACAGCCUAACCCCCCAUCCGAACAUCCUUCCGCUCCUAGGAAUAUGCUUAGAAGCCAACAACAAUGUCGCUCUGAUCUCACCCUGGAUGCGCCAGGGACAUCUUCGGAUGUAUGCAACUGCGCAUCCGAAUCGGGAUUAUACGCCUUUCGUUGAGGACAUCAAAUGUGGCCUUGCGCAUAUACAUAGCCUAAACGUCGUUCACGGUGCACUUAUUGCCAACAACGUGUUUGUGGAUGACAACGACAGAGCUGUGAUUGCAAGCUUUGCUGUAGCAACCGCCGGCUGGGAGGAAACAGAAGAAGAAGGGGACUACGACUAUGCUGGCUACCUGCCCUGGAUGGCGCCAGAGCGGUUGGAUCCAAAAGCUUUCGGUGUUAGGGGUAGGAGCCCACACCCGACUCGCGAGUGGGAUAUGUACUCGCUUGGAAUGACGAUUUACGAGAUAAUGUCCCUACGCACCCCGUUUGACCCCUUAACACGAGCAGCAAUCCCGCUUGUAGUCCUUCAAGGCCGAAGACCUCCCUAUCCCAGUCAGGCGGCUGUCCGACGGGGUCUGAAUCUCGACCUCUGGAAGUUCAUCCAGCGCUGUUGGGCACAGUCUCCGGAUGAACGGCCAACGUAUCAAGAUCUGCUAGCCACCCUGCCAUUUGAUCGUCGUCCGGUCAUCCCAAUCAGGAGACAUGAGCCACAAGUGGCAGAGGUUGCUCCCCAGUUGGCUCCCCUCGACAUCCCAGAUUUGCAUUCUUGGGGUAAGCUGACCUUUUGA